CACAAAACAAUAACAUCUUCUAACUUGCAAUUUAAUUAUAACAUUAAUUAAUGUUUGUAAAAAAAAAAACUAGAUGUCGUUUGGGCAAAAAAGUGAGUACUGGCCUUAUUUGAUACUAAAAUGAUGUAGUUUCAGUUUGGCCUUUAGGGGCGCUGUGGAACAUUUGACUCUGCUUAAACACACAGAAGAAGACAAACAGGGAAGCAACUAUCUGGCGGGGAGAUUUGAGCGAAUAUUCCAAACGCCUAACUCGUCAGCCUUUUAACGAUGCCUCAAUGGGGCGUGUCUCCGUUCACGGUGACGUCAUCAGCCAGGCUGGUGUCCAAAUGUGUGUCCAGUGGUGCUAUCUCUCAGGAGGAACUAGGUUCUGCUUACUCACAGACAAGCUCCAUCUUCUCCUCUCAGCUGCAUGAAGCUGAGCAGCGAAUGAGAAUGGAGAAAGAAUUGGACCAGUUGGAACUGGAGGUAGAGCUGCUGAAGGUGGAGAAGAUAAGCGCCGACGUCACACAUCCGGCCUGCCUCGCUGCAAGGUUCCACACGCUGCAGACGUUCUGUGCCCAUCUCCAGGACGUCCUGAAGGAUCAGAACCGCUUGAAGCAGCGACUCAUGAAACCGCUGGGCCGCACUAACUUGCCAGUCCGGGCACACCUGCACAGGUUCCUGGUGGACGUGGUCAACAUGCUGCUGGACUUUGUGGAGAGGUUGGACGAGAAGACGAGCGCCGUCAGGAGACGUGCGGCCGUCACAGACGACGUGGCUCAGCUGAACUCCUCUCUGGAUCAGCUGUUCCUUCUAGUGGUGGAAGUGGAGACGCUAGCCUCUCAGCUUCUUCAGUGGAAGGAAGUCCACAGCAGCCUGAUGAGUGACAGCACCUGUUGACCCCAUGACCUCACCCCUCCUCCUUCAUGGAAAAUAAAAUACACGCAGUGUGAAGGCUGUCCAAAUUUGAUGCAUUGACGUCAGCCUCCCUGACUCUUCAGAUCCCAACAUUUUUUUGUAGGCUUCUAUCCAGCCCUGAACAAAAUGUCAUUCACAUUCCGGGGAGACGCUUAAGGAUUGAUUGGUAAGUGUUGGUGUGUUAGUCAGGG